AAAAAGCGCGCUGUCCCUCUCUUGCUUCAGCAAAUUCAAAUCCCACAACACAACCACCAAAUCCGCCUUUGAACUGAACAUUCAAAAAAAAAAAAAAGGCAACGCCCAAAAACCCAACAGAUCUACCCUAACUAAAGCCAUCAAUCUCUCUUCACCCUUAACUUUCCAUUCAUUUUCACGGAUUCUCAAAUACCCUUUUCAGCAAAACCUCUAUUUCUUCCAAAGUUUGGAGCUUUUCUUCAUUCUUUUCUCAAAACCCCCAAUGAACUUGGUUCUUGCAAAGUUUUGAAAUUUGAAAUUUGGGUUUUCUAAGAAAUGGAAGAUCAAGCUGAUUCUGCCAUGGUUUCUAAAGUUUUGGAAUUGAUGUCUGGAUCUGAUUCCAAGUUAGUGGGAGUGAAGAGGAGCAAUAAUGAUUUCGAACAAAGACAUGAUGUUUCACCUAAGCGAGUCAAAAUGAGAGAUCUUGGUUCUGUCAUCCGCUCUGAGGAAAUCAAUGCCCACAAUUCCAAAUCUUUGAAAGGGAAAGAAUGUAGUCAGCAAUUGCAGUUUAGUGGAGAAGGGGUAUCUCAAGUUACUGAGGUACCAGUAACCAUUUCUCAAGUUGAAACAACUAAAGGGGAAAAGUUAUUGGCGGUGGUCCAUCCUAUCUCUCACCCUCUUGACCUUAACACUGAAAUUUGCAGUCCUAUCAAUGAAUCAUCUGAUAACAAUCUGAAAUAUGAAGAAAAGUUUGACAAAGUUUGUUCACAGGAGAGUAAUUGUGUAACCUCGAAAGGCAUUGGCUUGGAUCUGAAUGUGGAAGAUGUUUCUAGCUCGUUAAACCAUGAAUCAGUUCAUCACAAACAUGUCAACAAUUUGAAGUCAAAGGAUGUUUCAGAGUGCGGAAGUUAUAUUGGCCCAGUGAAGGAGAAAGACUCAUUGAGAAUUUGGAAGGAGAUGAAGCAAAAUGGUUUUCUUUCAUCUUCUCAUGGAGGUAUAUCUAUGCAAAAUGGUUUACUCUCACCUUAUCAUGGAGGUAUAGCUAUGCAAAAUGGUUUACUGUCAUCUUCUCAUGGUGGAAUACCAGUUCCCAAGCAACGUGGGAGGAAAAGUAAGAAUGAUGUGUUCAAGAAGAAGAUGGAGCUUGCAAAGAAAGAACAGGUUGACAGGUUCACAAAAAUUGCUGCUCCAAGUGGACUACUCAAUGGAUUAAACCCUGGGAUUAUAAAUCAUGUUAGAAAUAGAAAACAGGUCCAUUCCAUAAUAGAGGCCUUAGUGAAGUCUGAAAAACUUGAAAUUUUGCAUUCAGAAAGCAAACAGGCAAGUCAUGUCAAAAGUGGAACUAAAGAUGAUGAUGGUAAGAAGGAUAAUGGAAAUAUGGAUGAUUCUGCAUUACAUCAAUCCGGUUGUUACCAUGAAGAUGGGCCUCCAAAUGCUACAUCUAUAAGCAAGAAAGCAGGAGGUUAUCUAGUGCCAAUGAAUAAGGGAUUUUCGUCAAUUUCAGAGGAAAUAAGUGGAGAUGGUGAUUCAGGCAUGGUAGACCCACUCAGCGAGGAUGAUGCACUAAUGUUGAAGUUGUCAUCAUCAACUAAGGCAUCUGAGAAUGCUAGCUCUUUGUUUAAUGAGGAAUCAACAAACUUUGCCAGUGCCUCUUCUCUUUCUGUAAAAGCUGCCACUGUUGCAUCUCAAUGGUUGGAACUUCUUCAGCAAGAUAUUAAAGGACGUCUUUCAGCAUUGCGACGAAGCAAGAAGAAAGUGCGAGCCGUAAUUACAACAGAGCUACCUUUUCUUAUAUCAAAAGAAUUCUCCUCUAACCAAGGGAGUGAUCCUAAUAUCACAAGAAGUUCUGCUGAUGGAUUUUCCCAUGAUGCUACUGCUGAGAUGCAUAGAGUGAGAUGGAGUGCAUUGUUUGAUCAGAUGGAUAAAGCUCUUUCUGAGGAAGAGAAACAGCUAGAAAGUUGGUUGAACCAAAUAAAAGGGAUGCAACUGCAUUGUGAUCAGGGCUUGCAACAUAUGCAUUGGAAUGUGCUUUACGGUUUACCACAACUAGGAGCAGCAGAAAAUGAUAUCAGGUCGGGGAUGGGGGAUAGCUUUGAUAGGGAAUUGGCUGUGAGGGCGGCUGCUGCUUCCAUUUAUUCGACAUGCAAUUUCAUGCUGUCAAAGGAGAAUGCACCCUGUUCCUUAAUCUGAUUAAUGCUAUCCUAGAAAUAUCAAUGUGCAUUAUGCAAACUAGUUAUUAGGUUUAUUAAGCUGAUAAGGCCUUGCUGGGUUGUGAAUUUCUAACACUAGAAGUAGGGCCAUAUUUUUUUUUUUUCAAUUUCAUUUGUAAGCCUUUAUCAGCAUAUGGGCAGAAUUUGAUGUUAGAAUUGCAAUUGUUCGCACUGUAAGGUUCUUUGAUACACAUUUGCUGAAUCUGA